CUCCUAACAUGCGGCUGCCGCUACUCGUGUCGGCGGGCGUCCUGCUGGUGGCCCUCCUGCCCUGCCCGCCCUGCAGGGCCCUCCUGCGCCGGGGGCCCGUUCUCGGCAUCCGGCAGGCCCCGCAGGUCCCUCAGCCCUUGGAUUUCUUCCAGCCGCCGUCGCCGCCCUCGCAGCCUCAGCAGCCGCAGCCUCGGCCAGUCCUGCUCCGCAUAGGAGAGGAAUACUUCCUCCGCUUGGGCAACCUCGGCAGGAGCCCCGCAGCCGCGCUCUCGCCCGCCUCCUCGCCCCUCGCCGGCGCCGGCAACGGCGGCCGCCCCUCGCCGGACCAGGCAGCUGGCAACUUUUUCCGUGUGUUGCUGCAGCAGCUGCCGUUGUCUGUGCGCUCUCUCGACAGCCGCGCGAGCCCGGCAGAGAUCGGCGCCGAGGGCGCAUUGGGCGACCACCAGGAGGCACCGGAGAGGGAGAGGCGGUCCGAGGAGCCCCCCAUCUCCCUGGAUCUCACCUUCCACCUUCUGCGGGAAGUGUUGGAAAUGGCCAGGGCCGAGCAGUUAGCGCAGCAAGCCCACAGCAACAGGAAACUGAUGGAGAUCAUUGGGAAAUAAAGCGGUGCAUUUAACCAAAAAGAGUCUGCAUUCAGCACAAA